AAGGAAAGAACGAAACUUCCACAUUUGACAAACAUGGGCAAGAAAAAGUUCAUCGACCCUAAGAACUCCAUACACUACCAAGUAGUGCACAGGUCACAACGAGAUCCAGCGCUCGCUGACGAAGCUUCGAGUCGGUAUGUGCUUAAAGCAGUUCCACCGAGUUACAAUUUGCUCAAGAAAGGAAAAUAUGACGUGGAUCAGGUUCCCGAAGGGGACUAUCCAGAAUUUGAGGAACAAAGCGACGAAGAGUUUGACCGAGAGUUUGAGGACGGCGAUUUUGACGAGGAGUUUGAGGAUGAGGAAGAAAGCGAGCCGGAGGCGGACGAGGACGGGAAGAACAGCGUAAGCAAUGCAAAGUCGAAGGAUGCUUUACACCGUUCUAAGGAAGGGAAGCCAACGUCAGAGCGAUUGAAUGCAAAGGAAGAUCCAUCAUUAUACGGUAUCUUCUUCAAUGAUCAAGACAAGUACGAUUAUAUGAAGCACUUGAAACCAAUUGGCGAAGACCCUGGCGCGGUAUUUAUGGAACCAAAAGCGACACAAAAGAAGGAUAAAUCGGGAGGAAUUCAAUUUGUGGAUGAACAAGCAGCAGAAGCCCAUUCUGGGAAACGGAAGGUAACUUUUGACCUCCCUAGCGAAGCUUUACCAUCAACGAACGAGGACCGAGUUGGGAUGCUCAACCGAGCUGACCCUUCACUACUUGAAGUGAGCGCCGAUGUCCGUGAAGUCUUGUAUGCACUCGAUGACGAGGAAUACGUCGACGACGCCGCUGAUGAUGACUUCUUUGCUGCCUUGGAUGCUGAUGAGGUACCUGAGGGGUUUGAGGAGGAGGUCCCGGAGGUAGAAGGAGAAGAAGAUGAUGGAGAUCAGGAGGAUUGGUACAAAGAGUACAAGAAAUAUAAAAAGCAUACCCCGCAUGAUUCGGAUGAGGAAAAUGAAGAUGAAAGCGACAUCCAUAAUUCGCGAUGGGACCGACGAACCGCUGAAACCUCCUUUUCUGUGAUGUCUUCCUCUACAAUGUUCCGUAAUGACAAGUUGACACUCCUUGACGACCAAUUCGAUCGGGUACUAGACGAGUACUCUGAUGACGAAAUUGGAGAACUCGACGCGGAUGAUCCAAGUGUUCGGGGUGACAAUCUCGUACCAAAUCCAACUAAAAACACCUGCAUCAGCUCAAAUACUAAGCGCGUCAUUAGCCCUAUUAUAAACAAAUCAAAAUGUCAGCAAGAAGUUCUCUCGAGGUCUCUCAUUCACCUCGAAAAUGGUGCACGAAGAGUCGAACCUACUAUACCCCUUCACCGAGUUGGUCUCCAUAGUUUAGUAGGAGAGACAUUGCAAUUUUGUGACGAGUGUUUGCAUUCAGAGUUGGUGUGGAUGCCUAGUCCAUAA